AUAUACUAAAGAAAAAAAGAAAAAAGAUAGAGAGAAGAUAUUCCCCAUUAAUUAAUUCAUAAACCAAUCUUACAAUAAAACAUUAAAAUCCCUCCUUCCCUUAAACCUCCCUUCUUCUUCCUCUUCUGUUUCGAGCUGUGAUUUUCUAUUUUUAUUUUUGCAAAAUAGUAGAGAGAGAUGGCGCCGAAUGAUCCCAAACAAAGCGGUGGUUUCUUUGCGUCCAUCGCUAGCAGUAUAUCUAAUUUUGGUAGCGCCAUGACUAAAUCAGUCAACGGUUUAAUGGGAUAUGAAGGGCUUGAAGUUGUUAAUCCAGAAGGCGGGACUGAAGAUGCCGAAGAAGAAGCAAGGAGAGGAAGAUGGAAACAGGAGGACAGGGACAGUUACUGGAAAAUGAUGCAAAAGUAUAUAGGUUCUGAUGUUACGUCAAUGGUGACACUUCCAGUACUUAUUUUUGAGCCAAUGUCAAUGCUGCAGAAAAUGGCGGAGUUGAUGGAGUACUCAUACCUGCUAGAUCUGGCUGAUGAAUGCGAAGAUCCUUACAUGCGAUUAGUGUACACCACUUCAUGGGCUAUAUCUGUCUACUAUGCCUAUCAACGUACCUGGAAACCAUUCAAUCCCAUACUUGGUGAGACUUAUGAAAUGGUUAAUCAUGGCGGCAUUACUUUUAUAGCUGAACAGGUUAGUCAUCAUCCUCCAAUGAGUGCUGGUCAUGCUGAAAAUGAGCAUUUCAUUUAUGACAUUUCUUCUAAAGUGAAAACCAAAUUUUUGGGAAACUCAAUAGAUAUCUAUCCACUUGGAAGGACCCGUGUGACUCUCAAAAGAGAUGGCACAGUUUUUGAUUUGGUUCCUCCUCCCACGAAAGUUAACAACUUAAUUUUUGGACGAACUUGGGUUGACUCACCAGGGGAGAUGAUCAUGACAAACUUGACAACAGGCGACAAAGCUGUGCUAUAUUUUCAACCGUGUGGUUGGUUUGGAGCUGGCCGGUAUGAGAUUGAUGGAUACGUGUAUAAUUCCGCUGAGGAGCCAAAGAUAUUGAUGACUGGGAAAUGGAAUGAGUCAAUGAGUUAUCAACCUUGUGAUAGUGAAGGGGAACCACUUCCAGGCACUGAACUAAAGGAGGCAUGGAAACUUGCUGAUGCUCCAAAAAAUGAUAAAUUCCAGUAUACACAUUUUGCGCAUAAGAUUAACAGCUUUGAUACUGCUCCGAAGAAGCUAUUGGCAUCUGACUCUCGCCUACGUCCCGACAGAUAUGCACUAGAGCUGGGUGACCUCUCUAAGGCAGGCUUUGAAAAGAGCAGUUUGGAGGAAAGACAGAGAGCUGAAAAGAAAAACAGGGAGGAAAAGGGACAUAAAUUCACGCCUAAAUGGUUUGACUUCGCCAACGAAGUUGCUGCUACACCUUGGGGUGACUUGGAAGUUUAUCAAUACAACGGCAAGUAUACCGAACACCGAGUUGCCAUAGAUGGCUCGAGUAGCAGUGAGGAGAUUGACAUUAAGUCCACUGAAUUCAACCCAUGGCAGUAUGAAGAUUUGGCUGCUAACUAAAAGCACAUCUUUGCGCUUGCUUUUGAACACUCUGAUAUAUUCUUUUUCUAUGCCUCUUACACUUUGGUUUCCUAUUGUGGCUAGUGUCAAUUAUAGAACAAUUACAUAAUAGGUAUUUAUUCUGUUCUGUUUUAUUUAUAAUUUCUAGAAUUUUAUUGUUUAGUUAGUUUUUGGUCCAUGGUUUUCAAGAAAGUUCUUUGUAUUUUUAUCCUUAAAUCAUAUAUGAUAUAAUAUUACUCAGGUUCUUUUUUAAAAAAUUC